GGGGGGGGGGAGAGAGACUUGUGAGGGAAGGAAGAUUGGGUGAGGGACGGUUUCUGAGGGGAGACUUGAGAAGCAAUAAUUGUGAAGGAACACUUGGCGGGAAGAUUUGUGAGGAGAGACUUGUGAGGAAAUAUAUCUGAGGAGACAUUUGCGAAGAAAUAUUUGUGAGUGAAGAUUUGUGGUGGGAGACUUGUGAAGAAAUAUUUGUGAGGAAAUAUUUGUGAGAGGCGACUUGGGAGGAAGGAUUUCAGAGAGGACUUGUGAGGAAAUAUUUGUGAGGGGAGACUUGUGAGGACAUAUUUGUGAAGGGAGACUUGUGAGGACAUAUUUGUGAAGGAAGACUUGUGAGGACAUAUUUGUGAGGGGAGACUUGUGAGGACAUAUUUGUGAAGGGAGACUUGUGGGGAAAGAUUUGUGAAGGAAGACUUGUGAGGACAUAUUUGUGAAGGGAGACUUGUGAGGACAUAUUUGUGAGUGAAGAUUUGUGAUGGGAGACGUGUGAAGAAAUAUUUGUGAGGGGCGACUUGGCAGGAAGGAUUUCAGAGGACUUGUGAGGAAAGAUUUGUGAAGGAAGACUUUGGACAUAUUUGUGAAGGAAGACUUGUGAGGACAUACUUGUGAGGGGAGACUUGUGAGGAAAGAUUUGUGAAGGGAGACUGGUGAGGACAUAUUUGUGACGAAAGAUUUGUGAAGGAAAACUUGUGAGGACAUAUUUGUGAGGGGAGACUUGUGAGGAAAGAUUUGAGAGAAGACCUGUGAGGGGACAUAUUUGUGAGGGGAGACACUUGUGAAGAAAUAUAUUUGAGGAGACACUUGCGAGGGAAGAUUUAUAAGGGGAGACAUUUGUGAGGGGGAGACUUGUGAGGAAAUAUUUGUGAGGGGAGACAAUUGUGAGGAAAUGUAUCAGAGGGGAGACUUGUGAAGAAAUAUAUCUGAGGGGACACUUGCGAGGGAAGAUUUGAGGGGAAAGAGUUCCUUCCACUCAGGAGGGGCCAAGCUUGUUUUCUGCUGCUUUGGGGACCAGGACACUAUGGAGCAAUGGAUUCAAACGGGAGGGGAAAAGCCUCAACCUAAACAUUAGGAAGAACUUCCUGACGGAAGGCCACCUAUCUCUUCUGUCUCUGAUCUACAAUGAGUGCCAAAUCUGCUAUCAGCAAAGAAAUCUUCGCUCCACAUGAUGAAAGGAUGUUGGGAGCAGUCCAAGUAAAAAGAAGAACUAAGAAAAAGAUUCCUUUUCUGGCAACUGGAGGUCAGGGUGAAUAUCUAACCUACAUCUGCUUGUCAGUGACGAACAAGAAACCUGCACAGGCAUCUAUUACAAAAGUCAAACAGUUUGAAGGUUCUACAUCUUUUGUACGAAGGUCACAGUGGAUGCUAGAACAGCUUCGCCAAGUAAAUGGUAUAGAUCCUCAUCGGGAUUCCCCAGAGUUUGAUUUACUAUUUGAAAAUGCUUUUGACCAAUGGGUAGCAAGCACAGCCUCUGAAAAAUGUACAUUCUUCCAGAUUCUUCAUCACACCUGUCAACGGUACCUUACAGACAAAAAGCCAGAAUUUAUUAAUUGCCAGUCUAAAAUUAUUGGAGGAAACAGCAUAUUACAUACGGCAGCAGACAGUGUGACCAGCGCAGUACAGAAGGCAAGUCAGGCUUUGAAUGAACGUGGUGAAAGGUUAGGUCGAGCAGAAGAAAAAACAGAGGAUAUGAAGAACAGUGCUCAGCAGUUUGCAGAAACUGCACACAAGCUUGCCAUGAAGCACAAGUGCUGAAAAUGCCUAAUGUAGAGAUAUUUCUGAGAGGAACUGAAAAACUAGAUUAAUAUGUUUUUACUGGAGAUGCUUUUUCUUACAAUUCAUUGAAACCCAGUUAACUUCAGUUACUAUGUAGGAAAUAAGUUGCAUUCCUACCCCUUCUAUUGUUAAGCAAUUCUGCUAAAUCACAAUUUUUAAACAAAACUUAUUUAAAGUAAGAGAUGGUGUUAACAUAGAAAUUGGACCAACGGCUGUACUUAACUGCAUGUAUCUGCAGCAUCUCAUUGUUCCCAGUAUUAAGUAAGAAGGAAUAAAUUUAGCUACAAGAAAGAUUACUGAAUAAAAAUAAUAUCCUACCAGUUGUUUCAUAAUAGCCUUCUAUAAUACUUUUUUGCAGCUACACAUUAUAUGGCUUCUGUUAUUGGGCAAAGCCAAGUAGUUUGACAUGAAAACCAGCCUGGCUUUUCAUUUCUGCCAUUUUUAGUAAACACAUUUUGCAAGUACCAUCACCAACAUUACAGUGUAGAUUUGAAUGUGACAUGUUACCCUCUUGUCAACACUGUAUUCCAUUCUUUCAACUCUCUGGAUGUAUUGUUUAAACUAUUCAGUAAUAUCAUCAGGGAUGCAUUCCUCAGAUAUGAAGUUCUAAAAAAUCUGAUGAUUACAUUUCUUACUGCUUCUGUAUCUAUUCUGGAAUUUAAUGGACAUGUAGAAAACAUACUUGUCUUUUAUAUAACAUUUUUGUAAUAUAAGACCUUCAAGGCUAAAUGCAAUGUUAAUCUUGUAGAGUAGACCAUAAAAAUAAUGGGACCUAUAUUAAUUUUAACAAGUCUUAUUCAUUUCAAUGAGUUUAGGGCAUAGUUUCUCAAACUUGUUGGUCCAGAUGUUUUGGACUUCAGCUUCCCCCAAUUCCUAACAGCUGGCAAACUGACUGGGAUUUCUGGGAGCUGAAGUCCAAAACACCCGAAGGAGCACUGUUUGAGAAACACUGCUCUAGGACAGUGGUUCUCAACCUGUGGGUCUCCAAGUGUUUUGGCCUACAACUCCCAGAAAUCCCAGUCAGUUUGCCAGCUGUUAGGAUUUCUGGGAGUUGAAGGCCAAAACAUCUGGGGACCACAGGCUGAGAACCAGUGCUCUAGGAGAAACUAAUGUUGGAUUUAGCCCCACAAUAUGCACAAAUUAAUCCAAAAUUUUAAUAUAACCCCAAACACUCCCAGUGUCUGUAGUUCUCCACUGUCUAGGAAUGUUUUAGCUUUACUGAGUCCAUAUUUUUCAUCAUUUGUUGUCUUUGUUUUCUUGGGAAAAUACAUGAUUCCACUUGGAGGUAUAUAAUUAAAUAUACCUCAUCACCAUAACCAUUUGUUUAGUAAAAAUGCUUGCCAAAGACAUCCUAGUUCACAUUUGUUACGAAGUUAUGCUUUCUGAUUUACAUGUGCAGAAGCCUCAUGGGUUGGGAAAGACACAAAUGGAAGCUGCACAUAGAAUUCUUGGUAUUGGAGCUCUGUAUCCAGAACUCAGAUCAGAGUUUCCUAUGGAGUUCCCAACAUUUGUUAUGGGAGAACAUACCUUGAACAUGGGGUCAAUUCUUUCAGCUUUCAGCGUGAGAGCGGUCAGAUGAAGGGCAAAGUCCAGGCCAUUCCCCUUCAAAGGUAAAAUUGAAUGAAAUCCUGUUUUCUGCUGUCAUACGUUGGGCUGGGUGAGCAGCAUGGGAGCAACAGCAUGUUGCACCUGUGAAACUAUGGACUGGCACUAUGUAGUACAUUUAUUUCCAAAGGAAUGUUUCAGAAUUUUCAGAUCUUUUGCAUUUUUGUCUGUGUUUGAAAUUCAUAAUUACAUUUUUAGGCCACAAAAGAUUUAUCUAAUCAGUUGCCAUUACAUUAUGGUUGGCAAUUUAGAAUGGGUAAUAAUUUUCUAAUAAAGCAGUCUAAGCCAAAAGAAAGGCUUUGAGAUAUACAAUAUCUUGUUUGCACAGGCAUAACAAAAGAAGCUAAUUCAAAAAAAUCUUAUAAAUCAACAGGAAGAGAACACCCAGUUGAUUCAAUCAACCCUCAGUAAAUGUGGGCGUGCUAUUUAAUAGAAAUUGUUUAGAACCAUUAGAAUGUCUUUACUCACAACUAUAAUAACAAAAUCCUGCCAGCCAGACAUUUUUGAAACCAGAAUAAUUUAUUUAUUGUAAACCUUUAGCUGCGUGGUUCAUUUGCCACUCAAACGCCAAUAAUGUAAGGUUAUCUUUUGAAAUUAGAUUUAGAAUAAAAAAAUGAAGUAUUUUCUUUUGUAAAAAUUAUUGCACAGCUCUCCCAAAGCAAAAUAUACAUCAAUAUUUCAUUACUCUCGCUAGUUAAGAUGUAAAAGUAUGGCUAAUUGGAAUACAAAUAGUACAAGUUCCCAUAAUACAUUCACAGUAUCGGUUUGUUUUCAGGGUUAGCAAUUAAUCUAGGAUAGUUGGAGGACUUGCCUGUAGUGCCCACUGCAUGUAGGCCAUGAGGGAGUGAAGUGAGCUUUCUAUCAUCCUAAUCCUAAACGGCUCUGGCUAAUUGGCACAACUACAUGGGCAGAAUUUAUGGUCAGUUGCAUCAUAAACAACACACCUGCAACUUCCAUGUGGACAUAGCUGUAUCUAAAGGAAGUCCCAGAUUAAAUGAAUAUCCAGGAAACCUCAAGAAAGAUUAGAUAACAGAGUGGAUUGAAUACUGUAUAUCAUAAGCCAUAUAUUUCUGCCAAGUCCCAGGGUUUUUUAUUUUUAGACUAUGAAUCAUUAUUUAAUGCAUUUACAUGAUGCCACUAUUUAUUUUGUACAUUUUACACUUUUUUGUAUUUCAGCUAAAUUAGAAUUUUGCUUCUUGUCAGGCUUGUUUUCAGACUGCCAAACAAAACCCUAAUAAUUUCAUUAAAUUUGUGCAUCAAAAAGGUAAAUCUUAAUUAUGUUUUCUGCUUUUGAAUACAUUUAUGUUACAUGGCAAUCCCUUAGGAUAAUUAGAAGCAAGUGUGCUGACAUCCAAUGCUGAAGAUAAACCUAAUAGUGUUAAAUGUCCUCCUGGAGAAGAGCCGUAGUAAUACAAUUCUAGUAUUAGAUAUUUGUGUACAUGAAAUAUACAGUAAUUUGGAUUAAUGUUUCAUAUUCAAAAUGGUAUUUGUACAAAGUAACAUGAUCAAUAGUUUCCUUAUUAACUUUUUCAAAGCUCUUCAAAUAUAACUCAUGCAUUACAAGACUUAAGACUGUCGUAGCUGCAAAAUCAGUCUUGGCAACCUACUUUUGUGGCUAACUAAACAUUGUGCAUUAAUGUGAAAAUAUUAUCAGAAUUUGCUCUCUAAAUAAGUGGUCUUAAAGUUUGUUUUGCUUUCAUAUUCCAAAAUUGUAAUACUUGUUGUUAUUUCUCAGAAGUUACAAGGGAAUCGCAAAAAAUAUUGUGGGAAUUCUGAAGUAAACUGGACCAUCUCACUUAUUUAUCUUUACAAACUUUAUUUUUUGCCAUUAAACAUUUUGUCAUUGAACAAAACAUAAUUCUUCUAUAUUAUUUAAUGAGUUUGGACAUGGAUGUAAAUACAUAUGGCAGUUUCUAGGACAAAGGGAGAAAUCAUAUGGCCCUCUAGAUGUCUCUACUCUGCAGCUCACCAAAAAUCCUGCUCAACAUAACAUAAGAACUCUUGGGAUUUACGCUUCAACAUCACCUGGAGGGCUACAUGUUUCACAGAUGUUUGCAAAGUCAAGAGAUUGAAUGGCAGGUCUCUGGGUUUCUCACCAUUGGCAGUGCGAGUUAGGACAAUGGGUUGACAGUCUAGCAACAUCUACAGAGAUGCUCUUUGCCAAUCUAGGGUCCAUUUCCUUUUGAAAAACUCAACUGGAGAAAUGUGUUCUGAAAUGAAAGUCUGCAAACACACAGGUGCACAAGGGCUUAUUCAUGCAUCCCUUAUGGAUCCACUAGACUCAUUGCCUUGUUGGUUACCAGCACCUUCAGACUCACAGGAAGCAGUCCAGUGUGGUGUGUUAUUGUUCUGGCUUACCUUGGUUUAGAGGCAACAGGACAAGUUUUUCACAUGGCCAUGAUUGUGUGACCCUGUGUAUAGAUGCACUCUCUAUUGUUCUCCUAUCUCCGAUGUCUUUUCAGAAGUACCCUUUUCCCAUUGCUUUCCCCCGUACACAUAUAUAUACCUGACAUAGAUUAAAAUGUGAUGUCAGAUCCCGUGUAUGUGUUCUGUCUUUCCUCAAGAAAAGCUUACAAGUGUGGAUUGCAUUAACAGAGCCUAUAUGUGUAUGUUGUAUGGUGAACUGAUUUGUGUGCUAUAUUCAUUUCAAUGCCUAUUUCUUCUUUUGUCAAUAUAAAACCUUACAUUGUAUUUGUAUCUGCUGGCAGAAGUGCCUGAUAAAAUAAUAUGUUAAAAGAUCUGUUUGGAAUCAGCCAUUCAAAUGGAAAGUUUCAUGGCUCUUUUUUAUUAUAUAGAUGCCUUAAUUAAAUCAUUUACAAUUGCCGACAAAAAUGUGAUGUUGAUUCAAAUUGUGCAGUUUCUCCAAGAAGUUGGUUGCUGAAGAGUGUUACAUUUUGCACAAUAUCAUUUAAAAUUAUUGUGGUUUCUUAUACACAUAUACUGUAAAUAUUCCCAUUAUUGCAAGAUAAAUUAGAAGUGUGCUCCAUGCACAGUAUGAAAUGUUGAAUCCAUCCACUCUCCUGAAGAAUGAAAGCACUAAAGCUAUCCAUGCUCAUGGUGCUCCGCUACAUUGCUGAAUGUUAUGAAUGCAAAUUGCAGUUUAUCCCUUUUAAUAAAUAGCUGUUGUAAAUCCCUCUGCAUCUAAAAAUAUUUGGACUCUUAAACUGGGAUAUUGGCCAUGUACAAAGUGCAAUCUGGCAAAAUUAGAAUUUAUGGUGUGUAAUAUUUUGUUAUGUGUGAUUCAUAUAAAACUGUAAAAUUACAAUUUUGUUUUCAUAAUAAAGAUUUUAAUAAGAAUAUGAA